ACCACAUCACAGCUCCCCCAAUAAAUUACAUAAACCCAUUAUCAGACGCACACAAGCAAUUUCCUGGUAUUAUCUUGAUGUAUCGGCAGAGAGGAUACCGUUUUCCUUUUCACAUGAACAUAAACAAAGACUAAAAGACAAAGACUUGGCCUUGUCUGAAAAACUUGUAUACAAAAAUCAAUCGAGAAAGCACUUUUUUUCCCCUUUUGAUUUUGGAUCGAGAAGUGUUUAAAUUUUGUAUACCAACAAGAAACAAAAUUCUGGAUUUUAUGCAGGUUUUGUAUGGUUUUGAAUAUUUGCAGUUUAGAUAUGGAGAAAAAGCCCAGCAGCAGUUUUAUGCGCAUGAUCAAGAAAGCUGUUUGCUUAGAUGGAUCUUCACCGGACACUGGAAAAGGGAAGAGUAAGUUUGAGUCAUCAUCAUGUACUAAUAAAGUUUCUCAUGGAUUCCACUUGGUGGAAGGACAGUCGGGUCACAACAUGGAGGAUUAUCAUGUGGCUGAGUAUCGGAAAAAAAAGGGCCAUGCUGUCGGUUUGUUCGCAAUUUUUGACGGUCACCUUGGUGAUCGUGUACCGAGUUAUUUAAGGGAUAAUCUCUUUAACAACAUACUUGAACAGCCUAAUUUUUGGGAGGACCCUAAGACUGCCAUAAAAAAUGCUUACCGCUCGACAGAUAAAGUUAUACUUGAGAACUCCAUGCAAUUAGGACCUGGUGGGUCAACAGCAGUGACUGCAAUCGUAAUUGAUGGAAAAGACCUGUGGGUGGCAAACAUUGGUGAUUCCCGAGCUGUCUUGUGCAAGGGUGGAACAGCCAGUCAACUUACUGUGGACCAUGAGCCACACAGUGAACGAAGGAGAAUUGAGAAACGGGGUGGUUUCGUGACUACUCUUCCUGGAGAUGUGCCUCGGGUUAAUGGCCAACUUGCUGUUGCGCGAGCUUUUGGAGAUGAAAAUCUAAAAGCACAUUUGAGUUCAGAGCCUGAUGUUUGUAAUGUGCUCAUUGACUCGAGAACAGAAUUUGUUAUAUUGGCAAGUGAUGGCUUAUGGAAGGUAAUGGCCAAUCAAGAGGCAGUUGAUAAGGUAAGAUCCAUUAAAGAUCCUCAACAAGCAGCAAAGCAGUUAACCAUGGAGGCUUUGACAAGAAAGAGUAAAGAUGAUAUAUCAUGCAUUGUGAUCCGUUUUGGAUAUUGUCCGAAAUAAAUUAUAAAUGACAAAAUGAACUACGACUGUCUCAACCUACUUCUUCAUGUGCAUUGCCUGCAUGUUCUCUUUGUUUAUUUCUCGGUUUUGUUGGAAAGAGAUGCACAUAUGGAAGUGAUAGUAGAAACUUUUUCUUUUGGAUUGUGUCUAAAGGAGCUUGAUUAUAUAUAGUGUUUCAUUUUUGGGAGGAAAAAAAAGUAUAACUCAUUGGCUAUUCUAUGUGUGUGCAUAAAGCUUUCUGAUUUAGAUAUGUGAUUGUGUCCUAUGCUUGGAACAAAUGUAUUUGUUGUUUGUAUUGUGUAAAUAUAUGUGGACUUAAUUUGAAGGACACAACUCAUUCAUUCA